AAAUCAUAACUUCCGAUCGAAUUAAUGACAAAGCAAAUAGUGCUGCGUGCACCUUCAUCACUUUCAAUCGACCGGCGCCGGCAACCUCUUUUAUCGAACCAAGACACAUCAUCACGAGGUGGUGUUCGAAAAGCGCGAUUAGCAGAGGUUGCCGGCGGAACAGCGGCGGAAUGCGCCGCUGUUUGCUGUUGUUGCCCAUGUGGACUCGUUAACCUCCUCGUAAUGGCAGUUUACAAACUUCCGGCGGGACUUUGCCGGAAAGCACUACGGAGAAAACGCCGACGCCGGCAAAUGAAGAAGAAGAUUCUACAAUCACAAUGCAGUAGCUGUGACGAUUCGGAACUUUCGAUUCACCCCAUCGACGGAGCCACCACACUUGCGGUGGUCGACGGCGGAAAUAGCUUGAAAGCUGAUAAAGAUGUGGUGGCGCUGGAGAAGGAAAUGUGGAGUAAAUUUUAUGGGGCUGGAUUUUGGAGAAGUCCCUCUCAAAAGAGUGACAUGUAAUAAUAAUAAAAAUAUGGUAAAUAAUUUGUAAAAAAAGAAAAAAAAAGAACAAAAAUAAAAUAUUAUUCAUAAUUCAAUGUAUAUUUUCACAUUAAGCCAAAAAUGAAAAUGUUCUUCUUCUUUA